GCAAACGCUUUUGGCAAAAAAGAAAAGCAGGUGAAGGUUUUUCUCUUUUUUUUCAUUCUUUUCAUCGAAAAAAAAAAAAAAAAAGUUUUAAAAUUCCACACUGAAUAAAAAAAACAAAAAACAUCUUCAGUGUUUCUUUCAUAAGAAGAAGAGAAUUUCUUCUUUAUUCUGUGUCUCAACUUUUUUGCGAAAGUGAAGAAAGUUUUGAAGAUAUUUUUUUGAAGAUAAUGGCAGGACCGUAUCUUUCACCUCUGGGACCACAAGCGGAUCUUCUAACGGAAUAUAUGUUUGGUCGACGUCGUCAGGUCAGUAGACGUAAUCGAACAACCUUUACACCACAACAACUGCAGGAAUUGGAGUCACUUUUUCAAAAAACUCACUAUCCAGAUGUAUUUUUACGAGAGGAAGUUGCACUUCGAAUCUCCCUUUCGGAAGCCCGAGUGCAGGUUUGGUUUCAGAACAGAAGAGCAAAAUGGAGGAAACAAGCGCGUUUACAAUUAUUGCAGGACGCAUGGAGAAUGCGAUGUUUGGGUUUGGGAAGUGCUGCACCACUUCUUUUGAGGCCUCCGCCUCCGGGGAUGGAUCGUCCAGACGUGUCCCCACCACCCCCAUCGGCUCCCACGACUCCGCAAAUUUCGCCGCCUGCUUCCGGACACGAUAGAUUAACCGAAAAUGGACCUAUCACUGUGCCAGCGUGUCGAGACUAUCGAAUUCUACCUCCACCACAUGGUUUCUCGAUGACCUGCGACAAGUCACCAGAAAGAGUUAAAUGUGGAUGUGGCUCACCACCAAGAUCAUCGAGCAGCCCCUCUGAAAGCGAUACGCCUGGAAUAAUAAUGAGAGAAAGACCGCAAGAGUCUGAGAUGGACCUCACGAUUAAAGGACCUCAUCCUCCACGACACCCACCAAUAGCGUCUCUCUUUCAUCAUCUAUCCACGACUACUCAAGCGGAUCUUAGUCCAUCUUCUCAAUCUAUCGACGAACCACUUGACGUCACUCUUACUAGCAACAAGAACAAUUAAACUUUCAAUGUGAGCAAAUCAUUUACAAGUAUAAUAAUACUAAUAAAAAAAAAUAUAAAAGUGAACAAUUGCGCCGCCUCAUUGUCGAUGUCAACAACAAUUUAAAUUCUACUUCAUUAUUAUAAUGUUCAAAGAAAAAAACUCGAGAUAAUGUUUCCAAAGUUUCGAAUAUGUUCAAAUGAACGAGGAUAUUUUUAUGUUACUCUUUUUAUUUUUUAUUUAAAAAAUUAUUAUUUACCUAUUGAAUUAAAUAACUAAAUAAUUUUUCAAUGGGUGGGUUUCAAUUAUUAUUCAAUUAAUAUUCAAUUAUAUUUCAAAUUUCAAAAAAAUUCAAAAUUUUAGAGAAAUUAAUGUCCUCAAAGUUCUGAACGUUUCAA